AUGGAAAAUUACACUGAGUCCACUGCUGACUUCAUCUUACUGGGUCUGUUCCCCUCAUCAAGGGUUGGCCUUGUCCUCUUCAUUCUCAUCGUCCCCAUAUUCCUAAUGGCCCUGGCUGGCAACCUGGCCAUGGUCCUACUCAUCUUCCUGGACGUCCAUCUCCACACUCCCAUGUACGUCCUGCUCAGUCAACUUUCCCUCAUGGACCUCAUAUACAUCUGUACCACUGUCCCCAAGAUGGCUUCUAGUUUUCUAUCUGGAAACAAGUCCAUCUCUUUCAUUGGGUGUGGGGUCCAAAGUUUCUUCUUCCUUACUAUAGCAGGUGCAGAAGGACUGAUCCUGAUGUCCAUGGCCUAUGACCGGUACAUAGCUAUUUGCUUUCCUCUGCACUACUCCAUCCACAUGAACAGAAGAGUGUGUGUGCUGAUGAUCCUAGGAUCUUGGGUAACAGGUGCUAUUAAUGCCUGUGCUCACACAGUAUACAUUCUCCAGAUCUCCUACUGUAGGUCCAGGACCAUCAAUCAUUUCUUUUGUGAUGUCCCAGCCAUGUUGACUAUAGCCUGUAGGACAACCAGAAUCCAUGAGUAUACAGUUUUUUUGAGUACCAUCUUCUUUCUCCUGUUCCCUUCCACUAUCAUUGUAUUUUCCUAUGGGAAAGUUUUUCUUGCUGUGCACCGCAUGCGUUCCCAGGUGGGCAGGAAGAAGGCCUAUUCCACCUGCAGUGCCCACCUCACUGUGGUGACUUUCUACAUUGUACCUUUUGCUUACACUUAUCUCCGCCCAAAGUCCCUCCGAUCUCCGGCAGAGGACAAGGUCCUUGCUGUCUUCUACACCAUCCUCACUCCAGUGCUCAACCCUGUGAUCUACAGCCUGAGGAACAAAGAAGUGCUUGAAGCCUUGGGAAGAGUGAUUUACAGAAUCUUCUCUUUUAAACUGUAG